AUGCAACAGGCUGAUUCAGAAUCACUUGUUUUGGUCUGCGGUGGUGGAGAUGCUCAGAUGGCGGUGGCGGUGGCGGUGGUGAUCGGAAGAUUGCUUGCGAGACGUUGGCGGAUGGACAUGGAUACGCGCCGGAAGAUCUGGAUAUUCCACACAGCAUGCCACUCGAAUUUGAACUCGCAGAGGUAUUCAAUGACCUUGAAAUCAAAACCUGCGAUUAUUGGAUUACCGAAGACGCAGAAGAUGACUUACGUUGAAUCCAAGCUUAGGCAGUGUAAACCGGCUAACAUACGGCUAUUUCCGAAGCGGUCGAAUUCAGUCGGAAAGGCUCCGACGACGGUUCUGGUGACGGAGCCGUCUUCGCCGAAGGUUUCGUGUACUGGGAGAGUUAGAUCGAGGAGGUGCCGCAGCCGUAGGAAGUCAUCUGCACAAGCGAAUCAACCGGAGAAGUCUGCUAGUCAACGAUCAGGAACAAGUAGACCACACAAAGCUGGCUUUAUGUCUCGUAUAACGUCGUUAUUCCGUUCUGAAGGUCACCGCCGGAAGAAAAAAGGUAAAUCCUCAGAAAAGUCAAAGAACCUGCAGAAAAUUCCGUUUCAAGAAAGAUUUACGUGA